AUGAGUAUCAAGAUCAGCGACAAGCAGCAAGUGUUGGACAAGAUCAUUGACCAAUAUGAUUACUUUUUAUUUGACUGCGAUGGAGUCCUUUGGCUAGGUGACCAUCUCUUACCCUCGGUAAGUGAAACGUUGGAGUAUUUGAAAAGCAAAGACAAGACAGUGAUCUUUGUCACCAACAACUCUACAAAGUCGCGAGGAGACUAUUUGAAAAAAUUCCAGAAAAUGGGCAUCGAAGGGAUCACGAAACUGGAGAUUUUCGGGUCAGCUUACGCUACGGCCAUAUACGUGGACAAGAUCUUGAAAUUGCCCAAGGAUAAACUCGUGUGGGUGUUGGGGGAAGAAGGCAUAGAGACAGAGUUGAAAGAGGUGGGCUAUUCAACUAUUGGUGGGUUGGAUCCCGAGUUGACCCAAGACGGCGUCAAUUUCAACCCCAAUAAUCCGCUACUCGACAAUCUCAAUCCCAACGUGGGAGCCGUUGUAUGCGGACUCACUUUCCAAAUCAACUAUCUCAAAUUGUCCUUGACCAUGCAGUACUUGAUCCACAACGACAAGAAACUUCCAUUCAUCGCCACCAAUAUCGACUCAACCUUCCCCAUGAAGGGCAAAUUGCUAGUUGGUGCUGGCUCAAUCAUAGAAACAGUAGCCUAUGCCAGUGGCAGACAACCAGAUGCAAUCUGCGGCAAACCGAACCAAAGCAUGAUGAAUGCAAUCAAGGCUCAGUUACCGGGGCUAGCAGAAAACCCCAAGCGCGGGUUAAUGAUUGGGGACAGGUUGAACACCGAUAUGAAGUUUGGUAGAAAUGGCGGAUUGGAUACCAUGUUGGUCCUCACUGGGAUCGAAACUGAAGACAAUGUCAAAUCGUUACCAGAAGAAGAGGCACCGACUUUUUACAUUGACAAGUUGGGAGACAUCUAUGAGUUUACUCAUUGA